AUGAGUUCUAGGCCGUCUUCCUCAGGCUCUAAGCCAGGUAAGGGGAAGAAGAAAGCCCAGAAUGUUGUAGCACCAAAGAUAGCUAAGGGCAAAAAGAAACGGGUCAUGAACAAGAAGCAAAGUGGCAAGUGUUUCAAAUGCGACGAAAAUGGGCAUUGGAAGCCGGAUUGUCCUAAAAAGGCCAAUGGCUCAGGGUAUCCCAGUGGAACGAAAGGCUAUGAAUUCUAUAGUCUACGAGAUAAGAAGGUAUUUGUUAGCACAAAUGCUAAGUUCUUAGAAGAAGACUACAUGAUGAAUCAUAAGCCCAGCAGUGAAGUUGCUCUUGAGGAAAUAAGAGAUACUUCAGUUUCCACAAGCAAAGAACCAAUAACACAAGUACAAUCUAUACCAGAGAUAUCAACUUUUGUACCACAAAUUGUAGAGCCGCGUCGCAGUGGGAGGGUUCCCCGUGAACCAGAAAGAUACAUUGGUUUGGGUGAGUCAUCUGACUUAGACCCACACGGCAAUGUAUUAGACCCAUGGAACUUUAAAGAGGCGAUGGCAGAUUCAGAUAGUCAUUCCUGGAAAGAAGGAAUGGAUUCUGAACUACAAUCAAUGAUAGACAAAGAUGUUUAUGAUUUGUUAGUCCUACCUGAAGGUUGUACUGCCAUUGGGAGUAAAUGGAUUUACAAACGCAAACGAGGACCUAACGGACGAGUCAAAGUCUUCAAAGCAAGACUAUGCCCAGAUGAGAGCUGCGUGUACAAGAAAGUUGAAGGUAAGAAUGUAGUGUUUAUGGUACUCUACGUAGAUGACAUACUGUUGAUUGGAAACAGUAAGAAAAUGUUGUCAGACGUGAGAGAUUGGCUUUCAAGUCAAUUUGAGAUGAAAGAUAUGGGAGAAGCUGGACACAUCCUAAGCAUUAAAGUUCUUAGGAACCGCCAGAAAAGGAUGUUGUGCAUAUCUCAAGAAUCUUACAUCGAUACGAUAGUUAAACGUUUUAGUAUGCAAGAUUCCAAGAAAGGUUUUCUAUAUUUUAGCCAUGGAAUCACCCUGUCUCAGGAUAUGUGUCCCAAAACACCUAUUGAGAUAGAAGAUAUGAGAAGGAUCCCUUAUGCAUCGGCUGUUGGGAGUCUCAUGUAUGCUAUGUUAUGCACAAGGCCCGAUAUUUGCUUUGCCGUUGGCAUGGUAGCAAGGUAUCAGUCAAACCCUGGUCAAGGACACUGGAUUGCGGUAAAGAAAAUACUCAAGUAUCUGAGAAGAACUAAGGAGUAUUCUCUAGUUUACCAGGCAUCCGAGAUAUAUCCUUUGGGUUACACUGAUUCAGACUUUCAGUCUGAUCGGGAUUCGAGAAAAUCAACCUCUGGAUAUGUGUUUACUUUAGUAGGUGGAGCCAAGAAAUAUGUACUGGAUCUGUUGACAGAAACCGGGCUAUUAGAAUGCAAACCUGCAGAAAGCCCAAUGAUUCCAAACUAUGGAUUGAAAAUCGAAGAAGGAGCGAAGUUAGUUGACCGUGGGAAAUACCAGAGACUACUGGAAAAAUUGAUCUACCUUUCACAUACAAGGCCUGACAUUACCUAUGCAGUCGGUGUCGUAAGCCAAUUCAUGCAUAAGCCUCAAGAAGAUCAUAUGGAAGUUGCAUUGAGGAUAGUAAGGUAUCUAAAGGGAACUACAGGGUAUGGUGUGUUCCUAGAGAAAAAAGAAAACCUGGAAGUUGAUGGAUACACGGAUGCUGACUGGGCAAGCAACCCAAUUGAUAGAAGGUCGACAGGGGGGUAUUUUACCUUUGUAGGAGGCAACCUAGUCACUUGGAGGAGUAAGAAGCAAAACCUAGUGCAGCACGAUAGGACUAAACAUAUGGAAGUAGAUCGACACUUCAUCAAAGAAAUUCUCGAAGCCGGAGUCAUCGAAUUUCUGUUUGUAAAAUCUGAAGAUCAGCUUGCUGAUAUCCUCACUAAAGCAGUACAUCAUAAGGUAUUCCACGAAGUCUUGGGCAAGUUGAACAUCGGAAACACCGUUGCUCAACUUGAGGGGGAGUGUCAAACUAUACAAGGAAAUGAUUCAUAA